CAACAGCUCACUUUGUUAUCUUGUGUAGUUUUAUCAGGCCGUGGUGUCGUAACGACAGCCCGGGUACAGAGCAAAGGUCUCGGUCAGAGCUGAUACACUGACUCGCUGUUAGAUUCACGGUCAUCCGAAAAGUCAGCUCCGCUACUCGAUCCAUCAUGAACUUCAUCCUGGAAACCCUCCAGGUCCUCCUGCUGUCUCUCUGGUACAACAUCGAGUCCUUCAUCUACUUCUUUUUGCCCAUGAAGAAGAAGAACGUGACAGGGGAGGUGGUGCUGAUCACGGGUUCGGGCAGCGGGAUCGGGCGGCUCAUGGCUCAGGAGUUUGCUGCGUUGGGGACGGUGCUGGUGCUCUGGGACAUCAACCAGGACGGCAUGAAGGAGACGGCCCGGCUGGCUAAAGAGAGCGGAGCCAGCAGGGUCCAUUAUUACGUGUGUGACUGCAGCGACAAGACCGAGGUGUACAGGGUGGCCGACCAGGUGAAGAGAGAGGUCGGGGACGUCGGCAUCCUGGUGAACAACGCCGGCAUCGUGACCGGGAAGAAGUUCAUGGACGCGCCGGACUCUCUGAUCGAGAAGACGGUGGAGGUUAACACCAUGGCUCACUUCUGGAUGUACAAAGCUUUCCUUCCCGCCAUGAUCGCCAACAACCACGGUCAUCUGGUCAGUAUCGCCAGUUCAGCAGGACUGAUCGGAGUCAACGGACUGGCAGAUUACUGUGCCAGUAAGUUUGCAGCCGUGGGUUUCGCUGAGUCAGUGGGUCUGGAGAUGUUGGCGUUGGGGAAAGACGGCGUGAAGACGACCAUCGUUUGUCCGUACUUCAUCAACACGGGGAUGUUUGACGGAUGUCAGACCAAGUGGCCGACUCUGCUGCCCAUCCUGGAUCCAAAGUAUGUCGCCAAGAAGAUCAUCCACGCCGUGCUCACAGACCAGGUGUUCCUGCUGAUGCCCAGGAGCAUGUACCUGAUCACAGCCCUCAAGAAGUGAGUGUUCAGCUUCUCUU